ACUAGGCAAAUCAACUCCGGGAAUGUCGCAACCGCAAAAACCGCGACUCUACAAGGUGGCCAUCCAAGACCGCGUACUCGGCAUCAGUGCCUGCAGAACCUAGAUCCCCGGACCCGAAGCUGUCUAGACAAUUUGUCGUAAUUUUCGUCCGGACCUCAUUACGCCCUGCAGGUUGUCGAAUGGCGGGGAAAUCAUCUGCUGGCAUAUAUAUAUCAAGCCUGCAAAUUACACGAUCUGCACCCUCUCGCUUCAAUUCACGAACGGAAAACUGUUUACAUGAUGUCGUGUCUCUCUGUGCUCCUCUUAUUGACGCCCCUCGUCUCCGGCAUGUCUUGCAUGCACAACCAAGUUAGGGCUGUCAACACCACGCCGAUUAGCGGGCGAUAUGAUUCAGUCACUGCGGGGCAGUACUCACUACUCAAUAAUCUCUGGGGCGAGACUGAUGCUACCUCCGGCUCCCAAACCUCUCAGCUCACGUCAAUGCAUGAUUGUACUAUUGCCUGGAAGACAAACUGGACUUGGACUGGCGGUAUGUAUAGUGUCAAGAGCUUCGCCAAUAUCCAGCUUAACAGCGGCAUCAAUCAACAACUGAGCGCCAUUUUCAGCAUGCCUUCUACCUGGCACUGGUCUCAGUCAAGUACUGGGACGGUCGAAGCAGAUGUCGCCUAUGACCUGUUCACAUCUGAUACUGGAGGCUCAAAUGGAAACGAAAUCAUGAUCUGGCUUGCAAACUUCAACUGGGGACCACUUGCUGCGCAAUACAACGCCACGGGCCAACCUAUCCCAAUUUUGGAAGACAUCUCGAUCCUAGAUCACACCUGGGAUUUGUACUCUGGAUCCAAUGGAUUCAACCAGGUUUACUCGUUUGUUCUGACUAGCGGUACGAUCAAGAAGUUCAAUGGCGACGUCUACAAGUUCCUUGCGUACCUGAUUGAUAACGAGCACAUCAGCUCUUCACAGUAUCUCACCACUGCCCAAGCAGGCACAGAGGCUGCGUCUGGAACGGCCACAUUCACGACGUUUGCGUACAGCUUGUCCAUCAAUUAAGAUAAUUUGGUGUGCGCGUUGUAUGGGUUUCAAUUAUUCCUCUACUCUCUUCACAUUCCAUUCGUUUCCUACCCGUUCACUU